AUACCUUUAACGCUCUUCGUCCUCCCGGAUCCUAGUCAGUCUAAAGCCGGCGACAAGACGGUGAGCAUCGGGCCAUUGCUCUUGUUUCCCAAUCCGACCACAGCUAUCGUCCUUUUAUAGACCUGUAUUCUUUGGUCACGUGUUCGGGUCCAGACAAAUUCGAUCGAUCGCCAUGCCGGAGUUCCUUGGAAAGAAGUACAAGCUGUUCAGCAGCGAGAAUUUCGACGAUUUCAUGAAAGCGCUCGGUGUAGGUAUGAUGAUACGUAAAAUGGGUAGCAGCGUGAGCCCCGUGGUUCAAUUAACGGAGAGCGAUGGACUUUAUACGUUGAAAACGACAAGUCCGUUCAAGAAUUCUGAAAUAAAAUUCAAGCUUGGAGAAGAGUUCGACGAGGAAACGCCGGACGGGCGCAAAGUGCAGAGCGUCUGCACUUUAGAUGGAAAUAAACUUAUUCAAAUACAAAACGGAGAAAAACAGACUACUAUUGAAAGAGAAUUUACACCGACGGAAAUGAAAGCGAUCAUGAAAGUUGACGAUAUUGUGUGUACAAGAGUGUACAAGACCCAGGAAUAAAAAUUUUGUUCGAGAAAAUAACGUUCCGCGGCGGAUUAAGGAUUGAUUGAUGAUGCUGAAAGUUAUUCUCGUUGAUUAAAGGGUAAUACAUUGGUCGAAUAAAUGUAAAAGAAGAGUAUAAACAUUUUUUACACGCACAAUAAUACAAAUGAAAGCAUAAACGUUGAUGACAUUAUUUUGAAGAAUAUGACAUUUUGCAACAUAAUACGAUGUACGAAUAUAAUGUUACUUUAUAUUCAUGUACAUAACAAAAAUUGUUACACAGCGUUUCAAAAAUAUAAAAAAUUUAUAUAUAUUUUUAUGCAUCUUUGAAUGUCAUUCGUAUGCUUCCAUGCAUGUUAUAUCUAUGUUGGAUAUAUCGAAGAUAUUCGCAAUGAGUAAACUAUAAUUUUGAACAACUUUGUAUGAAAAUAUCUUUUUUGUUUAAUAUAUACAAAUA